GAAGAAGGCUGUGCUGGAGGCUAAGUUCUUAAAAUCUUCAAAAUAAGUAUAGCUGGUUGGCUGAGCACCACGCUGUCAGGUGACUGUCAUGUUUUCCUUUCGGUCUGAACACCUAUUGUGAUAUCAUCAAAAGUUCCACACUUCAUAGAGAAAGCUUCUCUAUGACUUCACCAGGAGGCCUCAGAGCUUGCCAGACAAACUGUUUUCAUGGUCACACAUGAUAAUCUUAAGCCUGAAUGUUUAACACCUUGAUGGGAAAGGUGUCCCAUGGAAUGUUUUCUCAUCCUUUGAACACUCUUUAUUUCAGAAGCUUUGCUUCUGCUGCAACCAAACAUGUCACUUAGCGUUCUGAGUAGGAAAGAGAAAGAAAAAGCAAUUCGCAGACUCUUAAUACAGGCUCCUCCAGGGGAAUUUGUAAAUGCCUUUGAUGAUCUCUGUCUGCUUAUCCGUGAUGAAAAACUUAUGCACCAUCAAGGUGAAUGCGCAGGCCACCAACACUGCCAAAAAUAUUCUGUACCACUCAGCAUCGAUGGAAAUGCCGUUCUCCUGUCUCACCACAAUGUAGUGGGUGACUACCGAUUUUUUGACUACCAAAGCAAACUUUCUUUCAAAUUUGAUCUGCUUCAAAACCAGUUAAAAGAUAUCCAAAGUCACGGCAUUAUUCGGAAUGAGACGGAGUACCUGAGGACUGUUGUGCUGUGUGCCUUGAAACUGUAUGUGAAUGAUCACUAUCCAAAAGGAAACUGCAAUGUGCUGAGAAAAACAGUGAAGAAUAAGGAAUUCUUGAUUGCUUGCAUUGAAGAUCACAGCUACAAUUCAGAUUUCUGGAAUGGUCUUUGGAAAUCAAAAUGGAUUUUCCAAAUAAAUCCAUUUCUAACCCAAGUAACAGGAAGAAUUUUUGUACAAGCUCACUUCUUCAGGUGUGUCAACCUUCACGUUGAAAUCUCCAAGGACUUGAAAGAAAGCUUGGAAGUAGUCAAUCAAGCUCAACUGGCUCUAAAUUUUGCAAGGCUUGUGGAAGAGCAAGAAAAUAAAUUCCAAGCUGCAGUCUUAGAAGAAUUACAGGAGUUAUCGAAUGAAGCCCUGAGAAGAAUUAUACGAAGAGAUCUUCCAGUGACCCGCACUCUUAUUGACUGGCAGAGGAUACUCUCUGACUUGAAUCUGGUGAUGUAUCCUAAAUUAGGAUAUGUCAUUUAUUCAAGAAGUGUGUUAUGCAACUGGAUAAUAUAAAGGAUUGCUCCUGGUAAUUGUCUUGACCCAAUUUAGUUGUGUUUCAGGGGUUGGGGGAUGGCAGGGGUUAUUUUCCUAAAGUUGAGAAGUCACUAGAGAUACCCACCACCUGGCAGAUGCAAGUGUGAAUUAGGGAAACAUCUAACAAAUAAUUUUAUUCAGGGAAAGUUUACCAAUAAGUUGAGAAAAGGACGAUGGAAAUGUGUUUCAUGGUAGUGACCAUCAUAAAGCCAGAAACAUCAAUUACAACCUAAAAUGGCUUUACAGAAUGUGGUACCUUCGAAGUAUUUUUAAAGGUAGCCAAGGUUAAGACUGUGUGUGUGUGUGUGUGUGUGUGUAGGAAUGACUUUUGACUUUGUAACUGGAGACGGUAUGCAAAUGAAAGUCAUUCUGCAAAUGAUAUAUCACCUAAUUCCAUUCAGUCUUACACCAACCACAAGGUGGGGGCUGGGGGGAGACUUCAGUAAGUGACAUUAGGGUUGGAUGGUCCAUAAAACCAACAGAUUAUCAAAAAUCUAGCUCAUAUGAAGGACUACUGGAUCCAGGACACCCCCCACCUCACCCCAGGCAAGAAUCUGGUAUUACUCAAAUCCCCAGGCUUUUUUGGUACCUAAUCUGGUCUUUGAAGAAUCAACUGGAAAGUCUGACUCGGAACCUUAUAUAGUCCAGUUCUUGUGAAGUUAUCUCUAUAAGCAUCUCAUAAGUGUUUAUUUCAUGCCAGGCUCAGUGCUAAAUGAUUUGGACACAAUUUUUCAUCAUUAGGCUGCCACUAAUAGGAACCCCAUUUGACAUGAGAAGAAAAAGAUUUGAGUUGUUUAAUUCACCCAGGCACAUAGUGAGUGACAAUGUGUAACCA